ACAGAAAUCGAAUCUUUAUGCGAUUUGUUUCAUACCGAUGAGCGGAGGAUGAAAAAUAAAAACACACUUAAAUUCUAAACCCUAGCCACCGAUGUUUCUAUAAAUAUUGUAUAUCUCAAUUUCACAAAGUUUCUCUCUCACUUUCAUACUUCGUUAAUCCGAGAGAUCAAGAAUAGAAUCACCAUGCGAUCUUUACCUUUUUCCUCGUCUUCUUCUCCUUUUUCGACAAGUUUGAGCAACAGACUUGAGACCAUCUUCAAGAAAGGGAUUGAGGUCUGCAUCAUCCAUUAUGGACCAGACGGAGAACUUCAGACAUGGCCUAAGGAGAGAGAGAAAGUGAGAGACAUGGCUCUGAGGUAUAGUCAAUUGAAUCAAGCCUUGAGACGCAAGAAAAGCGUUAAUCUUUCUGAGUUCCCGAACGAGAAAAAGCACAAGGGUUUGGAGAAUCUGAACAAGAAGAGGAAGACGACGAGUGAUCUUGAGAAGAAGCCGGUGGAUGUAUUAAAGUAUCCAAUGUCUGAUCAUUACUCUCCCCACCAAAUCUCCAAACUGAUUCAGUCCUUAGAACUCAAUGUCUCUAAAGUACAAGAAAGGCUUCGCUUUGUUGAGUCGCAGAAACUUCAGAGUUUAGCAUCAUCCUCUCUGAAUUAUCACAAUCUUCAGACGACCCAAUCAAUGAACCCUAGCCAGUUCUCGCUAUUCAUGUAUAACCAUGGAGACAAUACUCUCUCUCAGAUCCCAGUCUCUGCAUCAAAUCUCAAUCAAGAUUUCUCAGCGUUACUUUAAGAACCUCAGUUGAAGAAUCAGUUAAUGAAGCAAGAGCUCUGUGAUUAUGAUCACAACAUAAGCAUAAGUGACAUGCACAUCACCAACAACAGUUUUCCACAUCCUUGCGUCACAAACAAAGAAUCUGUGAAUAACUUUGGCUCGAUAAAUCAGUUGAUGCAGAAGGAUUACUUUUAUGGUGCUGAUCAAAACAUGCCUAGUAUGUGUAACUUCAACAGCAACAGCUUUCAACAUCCUUGCGUCUCAAACACACAACAUUACUAGACAGUACAAGAAUCUGUGAAUAUAACUCCAGGUUGAAUCAGUUAAUGCAAAAUGCAGCAUGAACAUUACGGUUCUGAUCAGAAACAUAUGUAUUUGUUUUAAGACUUGCUAAAGAAUUUAGUAUGAACUUCUUGUUGGGUCGUUGUUGCUAUAUCUUAAUACUGUACAACCCAAUCUUAAUCUAUUUCUGA